AUGGGCACAAUCUCUAUAAGAAAGUUUAUCCGCUGGCUUCCAGAUGAGCCCUCUGAACUAACAACAACGUUUGUAAUCACAAGCCCCCGACUAAAACGCUUCGUCGAUCUACGCAUCCUUCUACCAGAGGGUGAUUCCAGCUGGACUGGCCAAGAUGAUCCUCUGCCAUUGUCGCGUCUAGACUGGGCCAUAGCCGGCACAACAGUCUCAACCCUCAAACCCGACCCCUCAGGCACUUUGACUUCUCACUCCACAUUCCACCAAUGGAUAUCCUCCCGUGCACUAGGCGACGACUCGGGUUUCAUGUACCCUCAACCCAACGAGCUCACUCUCGAGAAAGGUAGUAUGGUUAAUCCCGACACGGGUAUUGAUACCGAGUACGAAGAGCUCUGGCAUGAUGCCACGCCGACCGCUGUGCCGGGUGAGGGAGCUGUUAGAGCGUUAGUUCUGCAAGUGGAGGAUGAGGAGAAGGAUGUGAGAGGCUGUGUUGUUAGGUUGGGACGGCAUGCGCAGGGGUUGAUUAGAGUCGGUGAGAACAUUGCGCUGGAGAGAUGGGAGUGGACGGAGGGUGGGUGGAAGAGGACUAUCAGGAUGGGCGAUGAGGCGUUGCCCAUUGAGAAGAUCUUGGGUGAGGAGAAUCUGAAGGAGGAGGAUGGUGUUGAUGUUGGUGGGAGGACGUGGAAGGUUAUUGAAGCCAGCGAGAAGGAUGCUUAG